CCAGAGAAUAGGUACAACCAGGGUACAACCAAAAACCUUGAGAAAAUUUUCUAACCCCACUUUAUACUUCUUAAAAAAUUCUGUUGAAAAAUGCUAAAAUACCGAAAUUUAUUUAAAAUUUCCGAGCUGUGCAAUGCAAAAACUGUUAGAACUUUAUCAACGCCUGCUCCAGAAACAGAAUCUACACAAAAUGACAUAGCUCAGCUCCCAUCACAGAAAGAAAAGUCCGUACUAAAUCACCCAGAUUACUUUAGUGUACAUAACUUAUUUACUGUAAAAGAUUUAUUCGAUGCAAAGGUUCAUUAUGGGCACAGAGAAGGGUCAUUCAACGAAAGGAACUUACCAUACAUUUACGGAAGCAGAUUAGGGCAUAUUAUCUUUGAUCUAGAUAAAACCGCAGAGUAUCUACGAAAAGCACUCAAUGUCGCAGCCCAUAUCGCAUACAGAGACGGAAUAAUCGUAUUUUUCUAUCGAGGAGCACAGCAUUCACAUCUGGUUGAAACAUACGCCAAAGAAUGUGGUGAAUUUGCUCAUACGAGGUUUUGGAGGGGAGGAAUCUUCACAAAUUCCGAAAAACAGUUCGGAGCAGUCACUAGGUUACCUGAUUUGUGUAUUUUCUUCAAUACACAGAACACUAUUUUAGCCGAUCACACUGCUAUCAGGGAUACAGCUAAAAUGAGUAUUGCAACGAUCGGUAUAGUGGAUUCAAAUUGUAAUCCGAACUUAAUAACUUACCCUGUACCUGGGAAUGAUGAUUCAAAGUCUUCUAUUGAGUUGUACUGUAAAUUAUUUACAGGUGCUAUACUGAGGGGUAAAGAAAAACGGAAAGAACAUUUAGCGGAAAGUUUAGAACAGUGAAAAUGUGAGAUGUGUGUUAAUAAAAGAUAAGGAUUAAUAAAAACACCAAACUGAGUCUUA